GGGGGGGGGGGGGGGGGGGGGGGGGGGGGGGGGGGGGGGGGGGGGGGGGGGGGGGGGGGGGGGGGGGGGGGGGGGGGGGGGGGGGGGGGGGGGGGGGGGGGGGGGGGGGGGGGGGGGGGGGGGGGGGGGGGGGGGGGGGGGGGGGGGGGGGGGGGGGGGGGGGGGGGGGGGGGGGGGGGGGGGGGGGGGGGGGGGGGGGGGGGGGGGGGGGGGGGGGGGGGGGGGGGGGGGGGGGGGGGGGGGGGGGGGGGGGGGGGGGGGGGGGGGGGGGGGGGGGGGGGGGGGGGGGGGGGGGGGGGGGGGGGGGGGGGGGGGGGGGGGGGGGGGGGGGGGGGGGGGGGGGGGGGGGGGGGGGGGGGGGGGGGGGGGGGGGGGGGGGGGGGGGGGGGGGGGGGGGGGGGGGGGGGGGGGGGGGGGGGGGGGGGGGGGGGGGGGGGGGGGGGGGGGGGGGGGGGGGGGGGGGGGGGGGGGGGGGGGGGGGGGGGGGGGGGGGGGGGGGGGGGGGGGGGGGGGGGGGGGGGGGGGGGGGGGGGGGGGGGGGGGGGGGGGGGGGGGGGGGGGGGGGGGGGGGGGGGGGGGGGGGGGGGGGGGGGGGGGGGGGGGGGGGGGGGGGGGGGGGGGGGGGGGGGGGGGGGGGGGGGGGGGGGGGGGGGGGGGGGGGGGGGGGGGGGGGGGGGGGGGGGGGGGGGGGGGGGGGGGGGGGGGGGGGGGGGGGGGGGGGGGGGGGGGGGGGGGGGGGGGGGGGGGGGGGGGGGGGGGGGGGGGGGGGGGGGGGGGGGGGGGGGGGGGGGGGGGGGGGGGGGGGGGGGGGGGGGGGGGGGGGGGGGGGGGGGGGGGGGGGGGGGGGGGGGGGGGGGGGGGGGGGGGGGGGGGGGGGGGGGGGGGGGGGGGGGGGGGGGGGGGGGGGGGGGGGGGGGGGGGGGGGGGGGGGGGGGGGGGGGGGGGGGGGGGGGGGGGGGGGGGGGGGGGGGGGGGGGGGGGGGGGGGGGGGGGGGGGGGGGGGGGGGGGGGGGGGGGGGGGGGGGGGGGGGGGGGGGGGGGGGGGGGGGGGGGGGGGGGGGGGGGGGGGGGGGGGGGGGGGGGGGGGGGGGGGGGGGGGGGGGGGGGGGGGGGGGGGGGGGGGGGGGGGGGGGGGGGGGGGGGGGGGGGGGGGGGGGGGGGGGGGGGGGGGGGGGGGGGGGGGGGGGGGGGGGGGGGGGGGGGGGGGGGGGGGGGGGGGGGGGGGGGGGGGGGGGGGGGGGGGGGGGGGGGGGGGGGGGGGGGGGGGGGGGGGGGGGGGGGGGGGGGGGGGGGGGGGGGGGGGGGGGGGGGGGGGGGGGGGGGGGGGGGGGGGGGGGGGGGGGGGGGGGGGGGGGGGGGGGGGGGGGGGGGGGGGGGGGGGGGGGGGGGGGGGGGGGGGGGGGGGGGGGGGGGGGGGGGGGGGGGGGGGGGGGGGGGGGGGGGGGGGGGGGGGGGGGGGGGGGGGGGGGGGGGGGGGGGGGGGGGGGGGGGGGGGGGGGGGGGGGGGGGGGGGGGGGGGGGGGGGGGGGGGGGGGGGGGGGGGGGGGGGGGGGGGGGGGGGGGGGGGGGGGGGGGGGGGGGGGGGGGGGGGGGGGGGGGGGGGGGGGGGGGGGGGGGGGGGGGGGGGGGGGGGGGGGGGGGGGGGGGGGGGGGGGGGGGGGGGGGGGGGGGGGGGGGGGGGGGGGGGGGGGGGGGGGGGGGGGGGGGGGGGGGGGGGGGGGGGGGGGGGGGGGGGGGGGGGGGGGGGGGGGGGGGGGGGGGGGGGGGGGGGGGGGGGGGGGGGGGGGGGGGGGGGGGGGGGGGGGGGGGGGGGGGGGGGGGGGGGGGGGGGGGGGGGGGGGGGGGGGGGGGGGGGGGGGGGGGGGGGGGGGGGGGGGGGGGGGGGGGGGGGGGGGGGGGGGGGGGGGGGGGGGGGGGGGGGGGGGGGGGGGGGGGGGGGGGGGGGGGGGGGGGGGGGGGGGGGGGGGGGGGGGGGGGGGGGGGGGGGGGGGGGGGGGGGGGGGGGGGGGGGGGGGGGGGGGGGGGGGGGGGGGGGGGGGGGGGGGGGGGGGGGGGGGGGGGGGGGGGGGGGGGGGGGGGGGGGGGGGGGGGGGGGGGGGGGGGGGGGGGGGGGGGGGGGGGGGGGGGGGGGGGGGGGGGGGGGGGGGGGGGGGGGGGGGGGGGGGGGGGGGGGGGGGGGGGGGGGGGGGGGGGGGGGGGGGGGGGGGGGGGGGGGGGGGGGGGGGGGGGGGGGGGGGGGGGGGGGGGGGGGGGGGGGGGGGGGGGGGGGGGGGGGGGGGGGGGGGGGGGGGGGGGGGGGGGGGGGGGGGGGGGGGGGGGGGGGGGGGGGGGGGGGGGGGGGGGGGGGGGGGGGGGGGGGGGGGGGGGGGGGGGGGGGGGGGGGGGGGGGGGGGGGGGGGGGGGGGGGGGGGGGGGGGGGGGGGGGGGGGGGGGGGGGGGGGGGGGGGGGGGGGGGGGGGGGGGGGGGGGGGGGGGGGGGGGGGGGGGGGGGGGGGGGGGGGGGGGGGGGGGGGGGGGGGGGGGGGGGGGGGGGGGGGGGGGGGGGGGGGGGGGGGGGGGGGGGGGGGGGGGGGGGGGGGGGGGGGGGGGGGGGGGGGGGGGGGGGGGGGGGGGGGGGGGGGGGGGGGGGGGGGGGGGGGGGGGGGGGGGGGGGGGGGGGGGGGGGGGGGGGGGGGGGGGGGGGGGGGGGGGGGGGGGGGGGGGGGGGGGGUGGGGGGGGGGGGGGGGGGGGGGGGGGGGGGGGGGGGGGGGGGGGGGGGGGGGGGGGGGGGGGGGGGGGGGGGGGGGGGGGGGGGGGGGGGGGGGGGGGGGGGGGGGGGGGGGGGGGGGGGGGGGGGGGGGGUGGGGGGGGGGGGGGGGGGGGGGGGGGGGGGGGGGGGGGGGGGGGGGGGGGGGGGGGGGGGGGGGGGGGGGGGGGGGGGGGGGGGGGGGGGGGGGGGGGGGGGGGGGGGGGGGGGGGGGGGGGGGGGGGGGGGGGGGGGGGGGGGGGGGGGGGGGGGGGGGGGGGGGGGGGGGGGGGGGGGGGGGGGGGGGGGGGGGGGGGGGGGGGGGGGGGGGGGGGGGGGGGGGGGGGGGGGGGGGGGGGGGGGGGGGGGGGGGGGGGGGGGGGGGGGGGGGGGGGGGGGGGGGGGGGGGGGGGGGGGGGGGGGGGGGGGGGGGGGGGGGGGGGGGGGGGGGGGGGGGGGGGGGGGGGGGGGGGGGGGGGGGGGGGGGGGGGGGGGGGGGGGGGGGGGGGGGGGGGGGGGGGGGGGGGGGGGGGGGGGGGGGGGGGGGGGGGGGGGGGGGGGGGGGGGGGGGGGGGGGGGGGGGGGGGGGGGGGGGGGGGGGGGGGGGGGGGGGGGGGGGGGGGGGGGGGGGGGGGGGGGGGGGGGGGGGGGGGGGGGGGGGGGGGGGGGGGGGGGGGGGGGGGGGGGGGGGGGGGGGGGGGGGGGGGGGGGGGGGGGGGGGGGGGGGGGGGGGGGGGGGGGGGGGGGGGGGGGGGGGGGGGGGGGGGGGGGGGGGGGGGGGGGGGGGGGGGGGGGGGGGGGGGGGGGGGGGGGGGGGGGUGUCUCUAUUGUCCUCACUGA